AUGCCAACCACUUGUUGUGUACGUGGGCAAUGGGACGUAACCCGUAGAUUACAGUGGAUACAAGCACUUGACCGAGAAAACUUUGUACCCACAAAUAACAUUUUGAUUUGUGAAUCACAUUUUACUACUAAUGACUAUCAAAAAAGACCUGAUCUCAUUAAGUUAACACAUACUGCUGUUCCAAGAUUAAAAUCCUCUCGAAUGCCAGCAAGAAAACUUCAUAGUCAUUUAUUGGACCAUACUUAUGUGUUGAAACUUCCUGAAGAGAUUAUACCUGAGGUGACUGAGGAUAUAGGUUUCCAAAAAUUAAUUGGUCCAUCAAAAUGUGUAGUCCACACAUUAGAUGCCGAUGAAUCGCAUCCGAGCUUUAAAAUACCUGAAAGUUUUAAAAAAACUUUUCAACCCCCAGAGAAAAAUUGGGAACGCAUUCCAAUGAUACAACAAAAUACUAUACAUGAUUUAAGAAAAAAAGUAAAAUUUCUUCAACAAAAAAUUAGACGGUAUUCCUCGACAAUUGAAACAUUAAAGGAACAAUUGGAUAUAAUGAUUAAUUACUAA